ACAACAACGUGUCACUUUCUAAACUCAGUCCAUUUGCUAUCAAAAAAUGCAUUGAAGCCGUUUCAACUGAAGUCGACUCCAUAUCCCAACUCCGCGACGGCAAUCUUCUUGUGCUAACGCGCAACCCGCAAGUCGCAGAGAAAUUCUUGAAAAUAAAAACCUUUUCUAACCUAUGUCUAGUAAACGUCAAACUUCAUGAUACCUUAAACUCCGUAAAAGGUGUUAUUUAUGCCCCUUGCUUAAAGCACGUGGACGAAGAGGAAAUAAUCAAUGAAAUGAAAGACCAACACGUCACAGGCGUCUACAAAUUUUCUAAGAUAAUAAAAGGCGAACGAACAAUUACUGGCCAAAUGGUCCUCACUUUCGAUCUAUACCGUCUCCCUGAGACAGUCGACGUUGCUUGGUAUAAGGUUAAGGUGCAACCCUACAUCCCCAGCCCAAUGAGAUGUAAAAGAUGCCAAAAAUUGGGGCAUACCAUCAAACGUUGUGAACGCAACCCGAUGUGCUUCAUCUGCAACCUUCCUCCACACGACCCAGAAGAUUGCACUAGAAUCCAAUGCGCUAACUGUGAGGAAGAACAUCCUUCCUCUGAUAAGAACUGCAGUAAGUUUAAAGAGGCCAAAGAAAUUCUGAAAAUCCAAACCUUGGAAAAAUGCAGUGUGGGCGAAGCGCGACGAAAAUACAAAAGCACUGUACGCCUCCCCCCACUUCGCGGCCCUUAUUCAGACAUAGUCAGGGAAAAUGAAACUAAUCCUUCUUCAAAUGCAGUAUCGAAAGAUACCGCCACAACAUCACCACAAAACCAAAAUUCCAAUAAUCUAGAGUCAUCCAUCAUAACAGAAGCAACCACAUUAGUAGUACCUCAAAACCAACAAAAAGAACAACCAUCUAAAGAACAACCACUUAAACAACAACAACCAACAACCUCAAACAACGCCAACUCUAGCCUGGCAUCAGAAAAUCCAAAUCCAGUUGCGCUACCUAGCUCAACUAGUCAAACCAUCCAAACAACAAUGUCACCAAUAUCUCUUUUUACCCAAAACCUCCUAAAAAACAAUGAUUAUUUUAUAAAAAGCGUCGAAAAUCUCGACAAUCCUACAAAUCUCUCUGCAGACGACCUUCAGCAUUAA